GGGGGGGGGGUCCUUUGGAGCACAAAGGUCGACGGAACAGUGAACAGGGUCGGACGGAUUCCAGCGGACUUGGACAACUAAGCAAGAAGCAUGGUGUUGAAGGCAGCCCUGAUGUGUGUGGCGGUAGCGGCUCUCCUGGCGUACUACUGUAACGAACCUGUGCCACAGGGAAUCGCAGAGCCUCGGCUGUUUGCAAAAGUGAAUGGGAUAGUGUUCAGAACAGCGCAGAACCUGGGUAGAAUUGGAGAAUACCUCGGCGUAGGUACGGAACCUCAAAUCAUCCGGUCAGUUGUGGGGGCGUUGAUAAAUAUUGGCUUAAAAUUAAAAGGCACUUCUUACCGCGAAGGGCUGAAGUGCACCGACGCCAUGUUUGAUGGGGUCAACGUCCGAGUGUACGAACCAACGUCACCGGCACAGAGUGGCAGCAAAGUACCAGGUCUGGUGUACCUCCAUGGAGGGGGCUGGGUCAUUCUGGAUGUCGACACCUAUGAUCCAUUAGCGGCUCACAUUGCCAAACAACUCGGGGCGGUUGUUGUGUCCGUGGACUAUAGACGCGCUCCUGAACAUCUGUUUCCGACAGCGUUUGAUGACAGCGUUGCUGCUACAAAGUUCUUCCUCCAGAACGCAGAGAAGUACAACGUUGAUCGCACACGUAUCGGCAUCAGUGGGGACAGUGCAGGGGGCAACCUGGCUGCAGCCGUCACUCUCGCACUCGCUAAAGAAAAGGGCCUUCCUAAGUUUAAGACACAGGCGCUCAUCUACCCUGUCCUACAAGCCAUUAACUUUACCACGCCUUCCUACAUCAACCAUGGUCACCUCAAUACCCUAACUAAAGACAAAAUGGUAUCGUUUUGGCUCUGGUAUCUAAACAACGACCUGUCUUUUCAGAAAGUGUUUGAAGCCAACAAUCACACAAGUGUGGAGAUCAAGAAAUCUCAGUAUGCCGGGUACGUGGAUCCCGAAAUGGUCGGCGUUAAAAAGGUUAAGAAGGGAAAUCUCAAAUUUCCUGACAUUCCGAACAUCGCGGCCAUUUUGGAUCCACGUUUUGCCCCGUUAAUGGCGGAUGAUGCUGAUUUGAAAGGUCUCCCACCGACGUACGUGAUGACGUGUGAGUAUGACGUGUUGAGGGACGAUGGUGUGAUGUACGCAAAGCGUCUUGGGAAGGCCGGAGUAAAGGUCAAUCACGAUCAUUACCAACAUGGCUUCCACGGCUUCCUAAACAUGUUCCAUGAUUAUGAGUCAGCAGGCACUGCUAUGCAGAACUACCUGACGUAUCUUAAGAAUAACCUAUAAACCAAACUGAUUCGUAUUCUUUUAGAUUAGUAAUUCUAGCGGCAUUUUCAUCACAUUUUGUGAGACGAAUAUUUUUGAUUAAAAGAAAAAAAACAUAGAAACUAUCAUGGUUGAAACAUAACAAAUAUGAAUGUAUAAUGUUCGCGGCCCGUUAAGUAUUUUUUGUCGAGCCAGUAAGAUUGUUGUUUCUUAAUAG